AUGCUAGCAGCUAGCAGUGACCUGGCCCAGCUGCGGUUGGACUUCCAGGGGCUCAUUCAGGUGCAAGAGGAACAGGAGGAGGUGCUACACUGGAGGGAGAGGGAGCUGACCGCCCUGAAGGGAGCGCUGAAGGAGGAGGUGGAGAGCCAUGACAAGGAGCUGGGCAUUAUGAAGGAGGUGUACGGCAAGGAGGUGCAGAAGCUCCGUGAGGAGGUGGAGGAGGUGAAAGAGAGUAACACAGUGCUGGGCCAGGAGAAGAAGGAGGUGGAGGAGGAGAGAGGGGAGGCCCGGGGCCAGGUGAAGGAGCUGAUCCAGGAGAGAGAGGAGCUUAGGGGACAGGUGGAGGAGCUGGAGAGCAGGGUGGAGAAGCUCAACCUCGUCAUCAAGGAGUCCAAAUCUCUGCAGAGACAGUUGGUGAAAUGCAUAGAGCAACUCAAGAGAGAGAAGCAGCAGGUUGAGGGGACGCUAGCGGAGGUGAGGGACAAGGAAGAGGACCUGUGCCAGGCAAACAAAGCCCUACUAAUAAGGCUGGAGAACGUACAGAGCGAGCUGACCCAGCUGAACCACCAGCACAGGGAGGUGAAGGAGAGGCUGAAGGAGGAGGAGAGAAGAACAGAGGAGCUGAGGAGGAUGAAGAGUGAUCUGGAGGAGCAGAGGAGACUGCAGAACAGCACUGUGGAGAAACUGAAGGAGGAGAUGAGUGCUAAAGUGAAGGAGUGUGAGGCAUCGACUGAGAAGCUCCAGCUCCAGGUUGAUGAAGUCAGAGAGAAGAGCCACACAGAGCUGACUGAGGUCCAACAACAGCUGCAGGAAAAGGGGAAUGGAGCUGGAGAAAUCAACAACAGAACGCCAGAAAACUACAGGAAGAGCUGCUUCCCCUGGAGCAGAGUCUGGAGCGGUGUCGUCAGGAGUGGGAGGAGGCCCAGCAGAGAGGCAGACAGCUGGAGAGGAAGGUGGAGGAGGUGGAGGAGAGGCACACACAUGCCCUGGAGGACCACGCCCGACAAGUCAAACUCAUGGAGGUUUUAUGACAGGUGUUUCCUAUUUCAGGGUCAGAUGGGCCAGAUGGAGCAAGAUCUGAGUGAGGAGAGGAGAAGUGCAGAUCUCCUGAUGAACAGAGUGGACCAAGGGAAACAACAGAUGGAGCAGAUAAGAGGAGAGCUGCAGCAGGAGAGAGCAGUCAGACAGGACCUGGAGUGUGACAAGAUCACCUUGGAGAGACAGAAUAAAGACCUGAAGAGCAGGGUGUCUCAUCUAGAGGGCUCCCAGAGGUCCAACCAAGAUGUUGUGGUCUCCAGACUGGAGGGAAGGAUCCAGGAGCUGGAGGGGAGACUGGAGGGAGAGGAGAGAGACAACAUCAACCUGCAACAAGCCAACAGGAAACUAGAGAGAAAAGUGAAGGAGAUGAUGAUGCAAGUGGAUGAUGAACACAUAUCUAUGCAGAACCAGAAAGACCAGCUGAACCAGAGGCUGAAGACAGCGAAGAGACAGAUGGACGGGGCUGAGGAGGAGAUAGAACGUCUGGAAAACUCUAAGAGGAAGUUACAGAGAGAUCUGGAUGAACAGCUGGAGACUAACGACCAGAUACUGAGUCAGCUCAACGCCCUGCGCUCAGAGAUGAGGCGUAAGCAACAGAAAUCAGCGCCGCUCCUGAUGAUGGAGAAGGAUGAUGAUGCUGUCUUUGAAGAUGACAUCAACUCUGACUGAAAGAUGCACUAACUGACAUACUACAGUACUUACUUAAGGAGCUCUUCAUUCCCACUGGGUCACAAGGUCGCAUGGAGCUCUUCAUUCCCACUGGGUCACAAGGUCGCAUGGAGCUCUUCAUUCCCACUGGGUCGCAUGGAGCUCUUCAUUCCCACUGGGUCACAUUGGAGCUCUUCAUUCCCACUGGGUGACAAGGAGCUCCUUCCACGUCUUCCUGUCCUUGGUGACAUGUUGUGAUGCGCUGACUACAGCCUGGUGGGAAGAAUACAAGCAGUCAAGUCAAAAACAAGAUGUUCUGAUUCUCACAAAGGGACGGUACAUCACUGUGAGGACUUGGGAUUGAAAAGCAUUACAGAAGUUUCUCAUUAACAACGUUUCCAUGUACAACUCAAAGUGUGGGUUUAGGGCGUAUCUGUGGAUUUCAUAACCCCUUUGCUUUAGACUGCCAUCCAGUGGCUUUUUCUAAAACUGCAGAGUUCCAUGCAGUUCCAGGAGAAAGAACACUAAUGCAAAAGCAAUGUUUUCACUUUUCACCAUCAUAAAACAGUCAAUGACUAUAUUGUGUGCUCCCAUCAUCUUUUAUUUGCAUUAUGUAUUUAACCUAUGAAUAAAUAAAGGUUAUCUAUUAACUAA